AUGAGAUCCACUUUUGUUGCCUCGCUGCUUGUGUUCAUUUUAAUACAAGGAAGCAAACCUGUCGUGGGUGGAGGAAAGAAAAUGAAACAGCUGCAAGCCAGGGUGAAAGCAUUGGAAGAGUGCCAACGUAACAUUUAAAACUUGUAGAAAGUUGUGGAAUGUUUAUAAUACUAACAAAUCUUGAUCUAUCAUAUUCAAUGUGAUGGUGAUGAAAUAUCUAUCCCCGAGUACUUUAUCAUGUAGAUAUUGAUGAGAUACAAAAAUAUCUCCUUUUUCCAAAAGAUAACAUCCGUCAACGUACUUUCAGUGAACGUACUUUUAUGUAUUCACGUCCAUAAGUAAAGAUAAAAAUGUCGUCCUGCAUGGAAACCUAAUAUAUAUAAAUAACUGUCUUGAUUUCAGGAAGGGUUUUUUUAAAUUCACGAACAGUGCCAGGGUUUAGUUCAACUUUUUCUACGAAAGGCAACAUUCCUGGGAUAAGAAACUAUAAAUUUCAUUUUUAUGUCAGAGGUUGAAGUAGCUUCAUAGCCGGUGUGGUUUACAUGCAUAAAUUAUCUGCGUCAUUUGCUCUUGAUAUGUGCUUGAAAUUUGUCUUUGACUUUAAUGAAAAUUAUAUUUUUAUAAUAAACAGAACAGUACAUGUCUUCCUUUUAGAUUCGAAUCUAUCUUUACGUGUCACCCGUGAGAGAAGCUCACUCGUAAAAUAUAGUAUCAAAAUUAGUAGAUAAAAAAUUGUAUCCAUGGGCGGCCAUGUAAUGUUCUCUUUGCACUUUUGAGCUGUUUGGGUAAAGUUGAGGAAGAAAGUUUCAUAUAUUAACUCUUAAACGAUUUUAAAAGUUUUUCCCGUCCUUUGAUAGCCUGCUCCGUGAUUGAAGAGCUGUUGGUGAGAGUUAAAGCUUUGGAAAAUAGUACUCCAGCUCCACCUGCCCCGACAAAAGCUCCAAUGCCAUCAGGUAAGACGAAAGAAGUCUGAAUUUUAUUUCCUUGAAGCUUUUUUUAACAUUUUAAUGUCUAAUCAGCCUUCGAACAACUGGGCGUAUAAACAGCUGACAUGAUUUAGUUCCAAUUUCUAUGAGCUAACAACACAAAGAAGGAAACACAAUUGAUGAAAAGAGAAAAAGCUAGCUAUUGUUAGUUACAGUUGUAAAUGUAUUCAGGACCUCAAAUAAGAAACGAUUAUAUUGUGCCGGCUUGCUUUCUUCUCUGUAAACUGUUUCGGUGAACAUUUUUCCUAGUGAAGCGUAAGAAAAGAAAUGAUAGGGUCGAGUCUCUUCUAAAAAAUGGUCGCUUAACAACAUCAAUAGCACUUGUACAUCGUUGAUGCCCAUUUAACAUACAGGACAAGUCUGAAAUUGUUCAUGAAAUAAUGCAGAGUAUGUAUAGCUUUGUUGUACUAAUUGGAAGCUUGUUUCUGUCUUGUACUGUAGAAUGUCAGAACUACCAAGUUCUGGCCGAUGCAAGCAGGAAUGUUAACCAUGGCGCAAAUCCACUCUUAUGCGAUAAUCAUCUUAAGCCGAACUGGUAUCGCUUCCAAGGAGCGGCCGGGGUUAAAAUGGUUUCAUCUUGCCCGAAAACAUCCAGGUGCGGUACCCACGCUACUGGGUGGUUGAACGGCGACCAUCCUUCAGUGGAAGAGGGUAAAGUCACCAGGAAGGUCUGUUUCUCGUGGAGUAAUUGCUGUACCUGGUCGAUCGAUAUCCAGGUGAUGAAUUGUGGCGAUUUCUACAUUUACUACAUCGAUGGAACGCCCCGGGAGUGGCAGUGCCAUUUGCGCUACUGCGGUACCAACUAA